AUUCGGAGAAGAAUCUUGGACAAUUUGUCGGCGUUUGAUGCUGCAAAGUUGAUGAAUUUACACUUGUGCGUCUUGACUGUGAAAGAGAAAGAAAAAUAUCUUAAGUCGCUCUGGGAUUUGGUGUGGGAUGUGCCUACUGUCGAAGAGCUUUCACAAGAGGGAAUGAAACUAACAUUAUUCGGAGACGGCGCUUGUGCACUCAAACAGCAAUUGCACGCGACAGAACACUAUCUGAAUUCUUACGGGAACAGAAGGCUCACAAUCUACAUGUUGGGCACAUUUCCUGUAUUCACGCCGACAGCGAGGCUCGACUCACUAAUCGAAUUCAGCACUACAAGACAUACCAGCCUCGUACGAUCUUACGGUGACAAAUAUCGACUGGGCCACAUUCGCGCUCUUUUGGACACUGAUGCGAAGGGAGACUUUGUCAUGAGUUCCAGUGUGCCAAUGAAACUGUCCAAUAAUCUUAUCAAGGGGUCAUGGUAUAAGGUUGACGAUGUCCCGGAUCGUACAGUUGGUUUAUGGGUGUAUGUGCCCUCUUUCUGCGACCGUCUUUCGAAGGAAGUGAGACUGACACCGAUGGAUUGGUUGCGGAUGAUGAGAGCAAGUCCGCUGCUCAUCUCACUACCCCGUGUCUCUCCCAAACCAACAUCGAUAACGACAUGUAACAAACGAAAGCUUUGCAGUGACGCGCACAACACUUUACUCAGAUCACUAGGUCUUAUUUCGACGCUGAGUCAGCUGUUUUCCUUCUGCACGGGACGUUGUCGAUUGAGGAAAUGGUCACUCACAGCUGCGGGUAUACAAUCUCUGGAAGCAACUCCCCAGGAGCAGUUUUCAGGCGACGACAGUUCUGAGCGCCGGCUGACUGCAUACUUGAGAACACCUCCUUUUGGUGUUCAAUCAGGUUCGCGCGUAAGGAUGGAGCUCACGCAAGUGCCGAACAUACGCUUUUUACUCGACGUAGCCAAUCACAGUACCUUGGGCUUGACUAUCACGAUUGCCUAG